CUUCUCCUUAAAAGCUGUCUGUGCCCUACGCCGCUGCCUGCAGCAUCCUCACCGGGCUCAGCUCCUCUUCCUCACUGCCUUCAUCCCAGAGCAGAGAGGGCUGUGGCAGAACUCCAGGCUGUGGUUUUGCUCAUCUUCCCAUCGGCAACGCGAGCACAUCCUCUGUGGGAUGAGAGAGCUCAGCAAUAGCCACGGCUGCUGGUGGAGAAGUGACCAAACCCUGCGGCGGCCAACACAAUCUUAACAGGGUGACAGCAGUGGGGAUGGAAUCUGUACGUGCACAGAAGGGCAGGGAGUUAUCCGGCUGAGAGCAGGGCAUUGCCAUCUGGAGAGGCUGAGACUGACUGGACACUGAUUUGUGCACCAACCAUGGCGCUUUCCAAUUUAUCUGAUUACUCUGAUGACUCUGACAUCUAUGACUACUUGGAUUACACCUAUGAAGAGCCAGGCAGCGUGUGGACAGGCCCAUCCUAUGACCCAAAGGACGUUGCGAGGAUCCUCUCAGUUGUCAUCUACAGUGUGUCCUGUGUGCUGGGCAUCCUGGGGAAUGGCCUUGUCAUAGCCAUCAUCACUCUGAAAAUGAAGAAGUCAGUCAAUGCCAUUUGGUUUCUCAACCUGGCCGUCGCCGACUUCCUCUUCAACAUCUUCCUACCCAUAAACAUUGCGUACACAGCCAUGCGCUACAACUGGAUCUUCGGGACCGUCAUGUGCAAGCUGAACUCCUUCCUCCUCAUCCUCAACAUGUACACCAGUGUUCUUCUGCUCACCACCAUCAGCUUUGAUCGCUAUGUGUCGGUGGUUUUUCCCGUCUGGUCUCAAAACCAUCGGUCGACCAACCUGGCAUGCAUGGUUUGCCUGAUCAUCUGGAUGGUUGGUAUCAUCAUGAGCUGCCCUUCUCUUGUCUUCCGAGAUACAGCACAAGCUCGCAACUCUAUCAUUUGUUUCAGCAACUUCUCCCUGUCCAGAAAUAGGUCUUACCAAGCACUGGCACUAGUGAGACACCGAACAGUGAACAUCACCAGGCUCUUUGCUGGGUUCCUCCUGCCCAUCACCAUCAUCACCUUCUGCUACAUUUCCAUUGCCUUCAACCUGCGUCGAAAUCGCCUCGCCAAGUCCAAGAAGCCCUUCAAGAUCAUUGUCACCAUCAUCGUCACCUUCUUCCUGUGCUGGAGCCCCUACCACCUGUUGAACAUCCUGGAAACUGAGCCUGACCUGGUCCCACGCUCUGUAUUUGAGAUUGGCAUCCCCAUCACCACGGCACUCGCUGCCUCCAACAGCUGCAUGAACCCCGUCCUCUAUGUCUUCAUGGGCCAGGACUUCAAGAAGUUCAAGGUGACCAUCCUUUCCAGGCUGGUGAAUGCACUCAGUGAGGAGACGGGCCACUCCAGCAUCGUGCACAGGAGCUUCUCCAAGAUGUCUUCGAUGACCGAAAAGGAGACAACUGUCCUCUAAGUCUGGAUGCUCAUGGGAUGGCCACAGUCCUCCGGGGCCACCCAUGUUCAGCACCAUGAUGGUGGAAUGGGCAUGGUCUCAUGCAAACAGUGCAUGCUCUGACUGAUUACACUGCCUAGGCAUGGAGACCUCUGUGUGUGUGGCCUGUGCUCCUUGGCCGGGGCCCUCUUUUAUUUUCCAGAGACAUCUGCAGCUUGGAGGAGAUGUAAGCAGCAGUCUCUGCUGCCUGGAGGUGCCCACGGAUGGACAAUCUGUCCCAGCUGGAGGUGACAAGAGCUGGGUUAUGGGGUGCACUGUGAGGACAGCAUGUGCUGGACAGUCUUGUGACAAAGACAAACAAAAAAGCAAUAAGGGAAAGCAGGUGAAUAUAUUAUUAUGGGAUGUGUCUGAGGGGGCACCUUGGCUUCCUGGGUGGGUGGAUGCCACCCACCAUGGCAAUACAGUGACUGUGCCCCAUGUAUGCAUAUAGCCACUUAUUUUAAAUCCUGACAUGUACUGGUACUAGAGCAAUGUUUCUAACUGUGAUGUGAGCACUGUGUACCCAGCAGAGAACGCUGCAAUAAACACAAUGCUCACCCAAGGGCUCAGCCCUAUUGCAGAGCUGAUUCUGUGCCUCCGUUCUGCCCAGCAAAGCAGUGCCACAGGGACGUGGGAUGGUUCAUGGGCUCAACCAAGUGGAAAGCUGGCAGCAAAAAGAGAGAGAUGUGUCCUGGAGGAUCCUUGCAGAGUGCUCUGGUAAUGGCCAGUCGAACCAGUGUCUCUAUCCAAUUUCAUGCACAGUUAAUUUGGGAGGUAAUUCACGAGUUGGGCUUCUUGGUAGUGACAAGGAGGUGGACACUGGUGUUACCCUUAUUUAUGGGCUGAUUUCUUCAUGUCACCCACAGUGCCUGCAGUUCCCAGGAGAAGGAGGAAGGGCCAUAUACUCAUGGUUAGGGGGGCACAUUGGGUGUCCCUGGGAAUCCCAGCACUUAUUCUGCUCACAGGUAUGCACAAAAACUGGGAUAUUAAUUACAAACAAAAAUCAAAAAAGGGCAAGCACUUCGUACAGUAUGGGGGGAACACAGCCAUGUCCCCAUUCCUGCCCCCAGCAGGAACAGGAAUGCUCCCACUGUGUUUUUUGGUAGCUGAGUUUUGCAAGCCCGUCUGUUAUCCCUGCAAACAACUUUCCCAAACCUUGGUGACUUGGUACAUAACCUUGGGUUAAAUUAUCAUUACAGACAGCUUUGGAAAACUAAUAUUUGCAUUCAUCUUCGUAGAUGUUUGCCUAUUUAAAGUGAAACCUGUUUUACAUACAAAUACCCCUCUAUGUGUUGAAGCAGGGAAUGACUGCAAGCUUUUCAGCUUCGUCCCAGAUCUUAUUAAUGAUUCUCAGUGCUAAACUGGGGAAAGACAGGGAAACAGUAGGGUCAGACUGGAGUCACUUCAUGCCUUUGGGCUGUGACAGCCCUAGCAGCAUCCCAUUAUCAUUGUCACCUCUUUAAUUUGGUCACGGAGGACCCAAAUGUCUCUUUAGGAAAGGAAAAGAUAAAGCUGACUGAGUCCUCCCCCAUGCUUGUGGCAUCCCAACGUGUUUUCUGUCAGAUGGACUCUGAGGAACGCUCUGUUCUGCUGAUUAAAAUGGGAGUCAUUAACGACAGCAGCAGGCUCAGUGGUGGACUGGGAGUGCUGAGCAUCCCACCCAACUCCCACUGCAGCUCCAUGUGUUGGGGAUGGAAUCUGGCACACAUGCACUGGGUACAUUUAGGACUGAAGGUUUUAUGGCAGCACACUGCUGGACAGGAGAGAUCUAGGUACUGGGCCCCCAGACCUGGGACCCUCAUCACCAUUCCUGGACCACCCUAUACAUCCAUUGAACCCACAAUCUCCCUUCCCUGGGGACACCCAUCUCCAUCCCUGUGUUGCCAGUUCCCUUCCCUGGGACCUUCAGUCAUCACCCCCAGGACCCCACUUUCUUCCAUCUCUUCACAGCUUCUGGUCUGGGUUUCAUUUCACGCAGCCAUUUGGGAAAUUACUGCAGAAUAUACCAAAAUCAUUUCUGUAGAACACAUUACCAUCCUUUAAUGACUGUUCUUUUUCAAUUAGCUGUCAGAGCCUUGAAAUAAAGCUGUGCUUUACUUCCCCGGUAAAUCUCACCCUUUAUUUGGAAAUGGAUUUUGGGAAAGAAAAAAAAAAACCAACAAAAAAAACCAGAAUAAACAUGCUAUCAUCUCCCUCUCCCCAGCUCCAGGCAGGCCGGAGACAUGUUUAAAUUAUCCCCCACUGCAUUC